AUGGAUAUGCUAGAGGAUGAAAUGAGCCUUUGCAAAGUCAUGAUGCUCUAUUUAGCAGAGGGACGAUCGCUAGAGUUAAUAGAGAAUAUAUUCAGAUCUUCCAAAACGAAAGGAAGAGUGAUAUAUAACACCAUGAUCUCGGUGUAUGGAAAACACUUUGCUGAGAAUGCACACCAGUUGUUUCUGGAGAUGGUCAACAACAGAAUUCGUCUCAGCGGUCACACCUUCAAGUAUCAUCUAGAAGCAUGGACGAUAGCCUGCAAACCACAAAGGACUCUUGAAUUCUUGCAUUUCAUGAUAUUGUUUUUUAUAAAGGGUAAGAAAAAGAUGUAG